CGCAGAUGUUUUCGAGUAUUCGAGUGUUCGUUUCCGAGUGCCUGUGCGCGUGCGUGACUGUCAGUCUGGCUUUUACGCUCUCGAGCAGAUGUAGCUGCCUUUGGAGUCGGCUGAGAGAUAAGUGAACGUUACGCUCACCUGCGGGACAACAUCAGGAUGUCUGAGGAAAGGCUGGAGAAGAAGAAGACGAUAGAGCUGAGGAAGAAGCAUGUUGGGUAAGAUAAUUGACAUGCUUUUUUUUUAGUGACGCUGAAAAGUUUCUUGGUGACGGACGUCUGGUGGAAAUAUGUCCAACUAUAGUGACUGUGUUAAAGAAACGUAGUAUGGCGUCCCUUGAAAGUUGGCAAAGUUUCUACAGACUUCCUCUAAAGAUACAGCUUAACAUAGCUUUACACUCAAAUUUAAACAAUCUAUUCUUCCAAAAGAAACAAACAUUAUAUCGCUUAAAUAUCAGUGAAAUUUAAUAGUAUUUAGUUUAUUUGUAGACUAUAUCAAUGUACCACAACCAAUGAUAUUUUGCCAACCAUUAUAUCUACUCAUCUCCUCAUUUAUUCAUAUUUUUGGAAACAUUAAUAUCAGCUCCUCUGCAGGCCAUCUUGUAAGAUUUUCUUCAGCCAUGAUCCGAUCAAGAUUGUGCGAGCCAAAGGCCAGUACAUGUAUGAUGAAAAAGGACAGCGCUACCUGGAUUGCAUCAACAAUGUGGCUCAUGGUAAUCACACAGACAUAUAUUUAUAACAUUUGGGUCUGUUUUUACAUUAGAAACAGCAAAUUUAAGAAGUGAACUCCAUAAAAUCCAUGGAGUUGGAUCUGAAGACAGGUAUCUGCAUUGGUAGAGUUGUGUGACAGACUAAUCUGCCCUACAUAAAAAGUAGUUGUGCAAUGUUUACCUAAUUCAAGCUACAGCUGCACGACUUGCAGGCAUAUACGUACAUGAAUGUAAAACAGGAUGUCUCCUGUCUCUUUAAUUCCAGCGUAUAGCCUCCAAUUAUGUGCCCCUAAUGUAAGUCAUUGUGGUGUUUUCUGACCUCAAAUUACAGUCAGAUGAUUGGGUGACCAGUAAUAAAAAGUGUCUUUUUUUGGUUCAAACUCAAGGACAAUUUCUAACCCUGUUUGCAAUCAUCUUUCCAUUUCCCAGUGGGCCACUGUCACCCAGAUGUGGUGAAAGCGGGAGCUGAGCAGAUGGAACAACUCAACACCAACUCGCGGUUCUUACACGACAACCUCGUACUGUAUGCCCAGAGACUGCAGGCAACUCUGCCUGACAAGCUUUCUGUGUGCUACUUUGUUAACUCUGGGUACGUCCGCACGGUCGCACACUCCUCAAACAAAUAACACAUCACAAAGAUUUACCAGACUUGUUUUGUAAGGGCGUGGAUGAGUUUAAAUGAGGUCGCUGAACAUACACUAGAGAGGUUAAUGAGUUUAUUUGCAGUUGGUAUUUGAUUUAAAUCUAGUCUUACUUAAUCAGUUCCUGAGCCAGACUAUCCUUAAUUACAGCAAUUAAGUUCAGGAAAUAAAAAGGUGUGGUCCACACAUGUUUAGCGAUCUUGUAACUGUUAUGAAGUGAAAGGUAAAUAUAUUUUAAAAUGAGCUGCCUCUCUUAAGUCUGAAUUUUAAAGUGAAAUAGUCACACAGAUUGAAAAACAGCAGUAUUAUUUCACUUUAACGAAAGACUAGGAUAGUUUCAGAUCAAGAUUCCUGGAGAGAGUUCAGCCUUUUAGAUGAAAGAAAUUGUACAGCCUGAUCACUUAUUUGUUCCACUUGCAGGAGUUCUGCAGUGCAAACAGAAACGAUCUAGUCCAGAGUGAUAAUGUGAGAGAUAAUGAUCCCAUAUCAGACUCAGUAUUUAUCAGCCAAGAGUAUAUGGCCUCGGAGAGGUUAUAAACCAGACAAAAAAGAGGUAUUGUGUUAUCUCAACAAAUGGUUUCAAUGGUUAUGCAAACAAAAGUGCAGUUAUGAGGCUGAAGGAUGUGUUACGUUUUGUAAUAUUCCAUUUCAUACUGACAAAUUUAGUGGAGAUCAAAACUUGUUGUUGACCUCAGUUGAGUCUGUAGCAAAUCCAUCACUUCUCAAUGAAACCUCCAUAGACAGACAUAAGCUCUUCAUGACUAUAAUGACCUUAAAAGUAUAAUUUCAUAAUAUGGCAACUUAGCAAUGCAGCUGAUUGUCUCUCAAAGUGCUGUAGAUUGAUCUAAGUCAACUUUGAAUGUUAUAAUUUUACAUUUGAGAAAUAGCAGACCAUGCAAACACAUGAAGCUGGGCUGAAAAAUGCUGAGGCAUCAGAUCUGUCUAUCAGAUCUUUCAACACUCUGGAGUUACAAAGUGUCUCUGGAUAUAUGAACACCAGCAUACAAACUUAUCAGGAGCUUUACAGCAUAGAUGAGAUGAGUUAUCUCUCGGAUGGCGAUAGCUUGGUUUGCAGGUCACCGUGGUGGAAACUUGUUGAUUAAGGUUCAAACACAGCUUUAUAUGGGACUGUAGUUUGCGAAUUAAACAUCACGUAUGUGAAGAAUUAUUACUUCCAUGCAAUUAAGUAUAUUUAGCAUAGCACCAUAUUUUUGUUAGUUUACUUAUGUUAAUCUCUUAAUAUUUCUCUAUUUUAUAGUGACAUCCAGGCUGUUCCAAAGUUAAACACCACAAACAGAAAUGCACAUACUUUUGAGAGUUGUAUUAAAAAAAAAGGUUAAUUUAAAUUUCAGUCACCUUCAGUUUCAUCGAUCAGGUUCCCAUUAUUGAUUCAAAUGGGUGUGACCUCUUAUGCACCCGUAUUGGGAGGUAAAACAUUAAACUGUGACUGACGUGCGGGUGAUACCUGCAGCUUCACCUGUGUGUUCUGUGGUGACUCAGUAACUCAAAGUAACCCUUGCUCUUUUGAACUUCAGCUCUGAAGCCAACGACCUGGCGCUUCGCCUGGCAUGGCAGUACACGGGCCACAAAGACGUCAUCACGCUAGACAAGUAAGAGCCGGAUCACUGCGCACACAAGCCAAAAGAAAGGAUGUUGAAGAGAAUGAGAGAUUAGAGCUUGACAAAUUGUAUUUUAUGUUGUGGUUUACCUCUGUUGUUUGAGGUUUUAUUAGAUGGUUUAUCGACCAGAACUGACAUGUUUACAUUGUUUGCAGUGCGUACCACGGGCAUGUCUCAUCCCUCAUUGACAUCAGUCCGUACAAGUUCCACCAGCUGUCAGGUGUUGAGAAAAACCAAUCAGUCCAUGUGGUGAGUGCUUUCCUCUCUCUGUCUGCCUGCUUGCACAUUAUUAAAACACCAUGACUCGACCUGCACCGCGGGGCUUUGACAGGCUAAUGAGAAGAGUGCCGACGUGUGUGUUUGUGUGAGCAGGAAAAGAGGAAAAAGAAACAUGAAACACAGAGACCUUUUACGACAUUCAACUCUGUUUGUGUCAGGGUUGUAGUCGUGUCUUGAAAACAUUCAAAGUCAUAAACACACAAGGAGGAGAUGAAGAGUACCAAGAAGUAUCCUCUUAAAUAUUCGAGCAGUUUUUCAAACUUAUCCAAGUGUGUGUCUUUGUCUGUUCCUUGAUAGCCUUUUUGUAGUUUGAUACAGCAGCUUGUGGAACCCCCAGCUCUAAAGUUACAUGCCAAAGGUGGGGCAAGUCUGUCUGUUACCCCGGCCUCUAUAUUUUAUUCAUGAUUAUAGGCACUAAGAAGAAGUCAGACUCUGGUUAUCACUUGUUACCCAAUACUUGACCACUGACAGUCACAUUUGAGGUCAAUUUAAAUGCGAUUCUGGCCCCUUUCUAACACUUGAAUGCUUGCUUCCUGUACAGGCUCCAAGCCCAGAUGUAUACAGAGGCAAAUACAGAGUGGACCACCCUGACCCUGCUACGGCAUAUGCAGAUGAGGUUCAAGAGAUGAUUCACAAAGUCCAAGAGAAAGGAGGCAAGGUAAAGUUACUGUUCGACACUGUUGUGUUACUUGAUUUUGCGCAAAGUUAGAUUGGCCUUUUGACCUCAGAAAUGCAUGACUUUCCAACACUUGUAAAUAUGCCUUUUAGAUUUUGCUUUUACUUAAUUAAAAGCAAGCACAGAAUCCAAUAUGCAGUUGUCUUUUGGUGAUAAAUCCCAUAUAGAUAAACCCUUGUGAAGUAAAUGUUAUCAUUAAAAAAAAAACUUACAGCAUAGACUUACAUGUACUUGCUCAUGUUUUUCAGUCAAGUCAAAAACUUGAGAAACACCUUUGUGGUGUUAGAUCAAAACGAUAGCUUUAUUUGCCUUUAAAAAUGUCAGCAAAGUAAAUAUCAAUAUUUCUUGGUUCUUAGUCUGUCCAACUGUAUUUAGUGAAGGUUCUUUAUAAAAACUGUCACACUUGAGGCUUCACCUUUGCAAUCUUUGUCAGGUCUUCAAGAAGAGAAGCGAUCACUUUGCUUCUUUGUUGAAUGAAAGUCUGAUUGAUUGUUUCUGCAUCGAGGAGAGGAAGAGUGGAAAUCUGUGCACUGAUUGGCUUUUGAACCACAGUAUUGAAAGUUAAAAAUAAUAUGCUAAUAAGUAUGAUUAUCUGACUGAAAAAUAAAAUCAAACUUGGAUAUAAUGAUCUUUGUGACACCCCUGCUGCAUUUUAUUUCCAAUGUGAUUCAUUAUAAUUACAAAUCUGACUUCAAUAAAAUUGUCUUUUCCUUCCUUUUAUUUAUGACUGCUCAUCAUUUGCACCCUUUACUUUUCUCUUCCACUUUCCAGGUUCAGGCCGAGGACUCGGGCUUUUAGGGUCAAAUCCUUAAUCACAAGAACAUGUGUAGGGACUCUUGGCCUCCGAGCUUGUUGGCCUUCAAUCAUAUGUUGCAAAACUCAAACCAAGGCUGUGCUUCCUUCCAGUGAGAGGAGAGAGAUGGGACUUCAGUGCAGGGUUGCACUAUAAAACACAGCUGUGUUGUAUGUUUGACUGGACUAAUGAUGGGCGAACAAGAGGAACUUGAUCUACUGUUGUAUUUCUUCAAUGAUAAUUCUGUAUCCUGCUGGUUUGACAGUGAUUUUCUUAAGUAAAGACAUUUUCUCCACAGGAACUUUGUAAACUUUCAUUUCUGACACUUCCUCUUUUCCUUUUUAUCAGUGGUUGGUUGUAGAUCCAUGUUUGUUAUUUGCUUUUCUCCUGCAGAUAGCGGCUUUUAUUGCUGAGUCAUUACAGAGCUGCGGCGGGCAGGUCAUUCCCCCAGCGGGCUACUACCAGCAAGUUGCAGAGUAUGUACCAAAGUUAAUGCACAAGUUCAAUCUCUUGAAGUGUCCAAAGGCACUUUUAACUCUUAUUUUCUGUUCAGAAUCACCUCAACAACAUGAUUCAUCUGGAAAUUUCUAAGUAAAAGCGAAGAAAAAGAUGGAAAUUGCUGCAUAGAUAACUUAAAAUGCUUCCUUAUAUCUGUGUUUGCAGACAUGUGCGUAAAGCAGGAGGCGUUUUUAUUGCUGAUGAGGUCCAGGUUGGUUUUGGACGCGUCGGUACCCACUUCUGGGCUUUCCAGCUUCAAGGAGAGGAUUUUGUACCUGACAUCGUCACCAUGGGCAAGCCUAUAGGCAACGGCCACCCCAUGUCCUGCGUGGUCACAACCAAAGAGGUGGCAGAGGCCUUCAUGCAAACAGGAAUGGAGUAUUUCAAUACAGUAAGAGCACUUUGUAAUGUAUGGAUGAUUGAAAGGAGACUUUGUACACAAAAAUAUAACUAGAUCGCAAAUUCACAUCAAAUAGUCUCACUGGAAAUAUAGCUUAUCUGACCUCAUUCUUGAUAUAUUAUUCAUCACAGCUGGUUUCAACAUUAAAGGUGGGGUAGGCAGAGUCUCAGGAAGUGCCAGUUUUUGGGAGAAAUCUUGAAUGUAAACACUUCCCCUCCCAACCAGGCGGGGAACGGCUUUGUUUACAGUCAGAAAGAGCGGGCCACUAAAAAAAUUUAAAAUGUUGACUACACAGAUAUAAGAGAACACAGCGAUAUCAUUAUAGAACCGAAUGUCAUCAAUAACUAAUAGCUAUUGACUGAUAUUAAAAGCUUUUUUGUAUAUACACCACAGAAAAAUAUGCUUUUUUAAUGGAAUCCUGCCUACCCCACCUUGAAGGUAAAAGAAAAUCAGUGUGUUCAGGUCUUGGUUUCCCUGAAAGUCUUAUUUUUCCGGUGAAAAAAAAGCUGAGAAAAAGAAAGAAAUGCAAGAGUUCCAUCUUUCAUACUGAAUGAUUUCCAGUAGGUUGGUGUAUUUUGCAUCCGUGAUCACAAACUGGAAAAAAAGAGUUGGAUUUAUGGGCAAAUUUAAUCGCCAUCAUCUUGCAGCAAAUUGUCGCACAGUUCUGUCCUCAAUAGAUGGGAAAGGUGCUGAUUUUGCACAUUGGCUGGUGUUUAUCUCACCUGGGUGUAAUCUUUCCUCUGUGUGUGGGUUUUGAAUUUCUCAGUUUGGCGGUAACCCAGUGUCAUGUGCCAUCGGUCUGGCUGUGCUGGAUGUGAUUGUGAAAGAAGAUCUGCAGGGGAAUGCGUUGCGUGUGGGGCGAUACCUGACCAAUCUGCUAGAAAAGCAGAAAGAGAAGCAUCCACUGGUUGGUGAUAUCAGGUGAGCAAACACACACACACACACACACACACACAGACACUGGCAUACACCCUUACAGGUACAGCGUAUGACAUAACGGCUGAUUAUCCGCCCAUGGAAAAGCUUAUCCAAGACACUUCUGAUUACGCCAGACAAAGUUCAUACCUUGCUCGCACAAACAUAACACAGCGAGGGAGAUGCAAGAAGUCAGUAUAUUGAAGGCCGUCUUUGCCAAAACUUCUGUUACAUAAGACAAAACAAACAGUGGUGUGUAUAAAUGUUUUUGAUGUGUUCAUGAUGAUAUAACCCAGUGAUACCACAUCUUGCAGGGGUCGUGGUCUCUUUGUUGGAGUGGAGCUUGUGAAGGACAGAUUGAAACUCACUCCUGCUACAGCAGAAGCCCAAGAGGUCAUAUAUAAGUAAGUGAAGGAUGUCACAUUAGUUUCAGAUAUCAUUUUAAAAAAUGACCAAAGAUAAAUUAUACAACAUAGCCAGCAGUCAAAUCCCUAAUCAUUCUUAUGAAAACUUCAGCCGUGCUUCUGUAACUUGUGUUUCUUUAGAAACCAGUUAUUAUCCAAACACAGCCUUCUAGCAGUGUUGUGAUAGCUUUGGUACACUGUGAUUACAUCAGUGUCGAAUAUCCAACACAUGGCUGGUUAUACUGCGGUGGGAACAUGAUGGUGUAACAAUACUGUUAUAAUGAAGAAAUGGUACAGUGUGCACUCCUUUGCCUUAUAUUUAGAUAAAACAGCAAAAUUCAGCCUCUGACUCGUGACCUUUUGUGAUAUUUCAUCUAUGGAGUUUUUUAAAUUUGUAUUUUAAAUACAUCAGAGUUCACAGACACGUUUUUACACCUACUGAGAAAUUAAUCAGUUUUUCAAGCCAGUCAAUACAUUGGAUAUGAUAAAGAUAAUAUCACAGGACAGAAAAUCCUGAAUAAUUGAUCAUUUUCUCACAUUUAUGUAACGUAUCCAAUGAAAUGCAUGUGACGAAAAUGCCCUCAGAGGGUUAAUGGCAUUACCACCACCAGGAGGAGUCAUGAAACAGUGACAAGAUGAGCUUGGAAAGCCUGACCGGGUUAAAAUAGUGUCAGUCUCAUGGAUUUUGUCAAAUUUUAGAUAUUAUUUUUUUUUUAAAUUUUGAUUAAAAGAAAACAAUAAGAAAGUGUCUGUUUUUCUUAAAAAAUGUCACUUAAAAAGCCUUUUUUCAUCAGGCUUUUUGACUGUUUUGUCACAGAAAAGCACAGGUGUAAUUAAUUACAUUAAUUAAGGAGGCAGUCAUGUAGGUGUGUCUGCAGAGCCAUCUUUUAUUUAUCUCAGUCACCUGUGCUUUCCUUCUUUGCCAUAGAGAAAUAAUGUGUUUUACUUAUCUUCAUACUUUUUGUCCCAGACUAAAGGAACAGCACAUACUCCUUAGCGCUGACGGACCUCAUCGCAAUGUGCUGAAAUUCAAGCCCCCCCUGUGCUUUUCUACAGAGGACGCAGAUCUGGCUGUGGGACAUAUUGACAACAUUCUCACAGGUACCAAACAUUAUUCCCUUUUUUACUCUGUGAAGUUUUCUGUGAUGUUGCUGCUUGAAUAGACUGUCAUCUUUACGGCUUUUCUGUUAUUUUAAACAGUUGUGGUCUGUUAUGGAAGCCUCAAGUCAUGUAUGUCACUGUGUCUGUGCUUGCAGAACUUGAGGUGGCCUUAGGCUUGACGUUGCACAACACGCUGAAUGUAGAGAAUGAAAACAGCAAAAGAAAGGUAGGUGUCUUCAUAUUUAAAACUUGGGUGUGUUGCUAAGUGUUGUAAUUUCACCAAGCUUCAAAUUCAACAUUUAGACCAACCUCUGAUGCUAUCAUAUACUUCAAAAAGGCAAUUAUAGGACAAAAAAAAUUUAUUCAUUUUCAUUUAAACUUUAUCUCUUCAUGGUUUUAUCUCAAGCUGCCGACUGAGGAAAAUGGACACCAGUAUCCCAGCGAGUUAGCACACAGCAAUGGAAGCAGUCAAGGAGUUCCUCAACAAACCAAACAAACCAAACAAGCCAAACGCCUCAAGACAUAAUGAUGAAAACACUUUGUCUUUAACAUAGCUGAAGUACAGGUAUAAAGAAGUGGAAAAUAAAAAAAUAUAUAUGACCUCAACAUGAUACCAACAGAGAAAAAGGGUUUUAUAUUCUUAACUAAUAUUCUGCAUACAGCAUAUGACGAUUGAGGUGUAAUCUCAGGUUAUAUUUUUAAUUACAUGUAGGACUCAAGCCACUUAUUCAACGGCAGCAUGUCUAUUAUGGAUGUACUUUGGUGCUAAAAUUCAUUUAACGCUUCAUAACCUGUAUAUCUUCUAUUUUAAUUUAUGCCAACUUUCAUUUGCCUGUGAUUAUCAGGGAAUCAUUCUCGCAAAAUAUCAUAGAUACUUGGAAAUAUGCAACUAUGCCUACAUUCCUAUUAAUAUAGUUUUAAGUGAUUCUUAAAAAUGCUCACUGCAGCUGAAAGAGUGGAAUAUUUGCACAGACUAUUGCACAUUUUGUAGUGUAUUGAUUGGUUUUGAAUAAAAAAAACAGCAUGUCAUACUGUGUAGAUCCUGAUUUCUGGCUUGAAUCAAGCAAAUGCAAGUAGAAAAGAAAUAAAUGCACUGACUAUAAGCACUCUG